UUGCAAGCGGUUGACAGGAGCACAGAACCAUGACUGGAGAGAGAUUUACAGUCAAUGAGUUAACAGGUGGAGAUCUGACCACUAUAACACAUUGCAGUUAGGCGAGGAGAUUAUUGACUUUCAUCCUUUCCCAGUGUACUACGAGUGGUACACACAGCAUUAUGGGAUUCACCUGCGACUGUCAGAUAGAGUUGCAGGUGAAGAGGUUGGCGCCGAUGAACCACAGCAGCAAUAGGAAGAACCAGCUGGCCCUUAGCAGCAAGUCCCGUCUCAUGAGCAGCAGUUUCAGGUUCCGGCAUAUGAGCACCACUAUCAGGUCCCGACAUAUGAGCACCACUAUCAGAUGCUGGCAUAUGCCCAGCAUUUUCAAGAUCCGGCAUAUGCCCAGCAGUUUCAGGAUCCGACCUAUGACCAAGAGUAGCAGCAGUGGUCGGCAUAUCAAGCAGGCACCAUAUAUACCGGAACCACAGUCGUAGCAGGUACCUGAGCCCUACAUACCACAGCUGGUAAUUCCAGUCGAGGGUCACUUUAGUCUGUUGGAUGGAUCUGACACCAUUAGCUUCUCUCAGGACCUGAGAGAUACAUAUUAUCUAUUUUCGACGCCACCGCAAG